ACAGAACCGGCGCCGAAGCCUCCGGCUGAGCCAGACUUGAACAAUUUGCCUGCCAACCCCAUGCCCAAACACCAGGCAAAGCACGCCCUCACCACGAUCAAGGCGAUCAGACGGUUGAAAGACGCCGGUCCAUUUUUGUUGCCUGUCGACAUUGUCAAGUUGGGCAUUCCCUUCUACUACAACUACAUCCCGCAUCCCAUGGACUUGUCAACCAUGGAAAAGAAGAUCACCGCCAAUGCCUACGAGGAGCCAGAGCAAUUGGCCCUGGACUUCAACCUCAUGGUGGCCAACUGUACGAAAUUCAACGGCUCCGACUCCGGGAUCGCCCAAAUGGCCCGAAACAUCCAGGCUAGCUUCGAAAAGCAUAUGCUCCACAUGCCUCCACGGGAGUUACCUGCUGCAAAGGCGCCGGUUAACGGUGCAAACGCGCCAGGGCGCGGUGGCAAGGGCGCGCGCAGCAAGUCCACGGCCGAGGUGCCUGUGAUCAGACGCGACGCCAGCGAAGGGGGGAGGCCGAAGAGGGAGAUUCAUCCGCCGAAGCCAAAGGACAUGCCGUACGACAAUCGUCCGCGGAAGAAAAAGUAUGUCGCGGAGUUGCGGUUCUGCGGCCAGGUGCUCAAGGACCUUUUGAGCAAGAAGUACGAGUCCUUCAGCUACCCGUUCUUGGAACCGGUAAACCCCGCGGUGUUGGGGUGUCCGGAUUACUUUGACGUGGUGAAGGUGCCGAUGGACUUGUCGACCGUGCAGACGAAGUUGCAGAAUAACGAGUACGAGACCGCGGGCGACUUCGAGGCGGACGUGCGGUUGGUGUUCCAGAACUGCUAUAUCUACAACCCAGAAGGCACCCCCGUGAACAUGAUGGGGCACCGGUUGGAGGCCAUCUUCGACAAGAAGUGGGAGGAGAAGCCGGCGCCGGUUUCAUCACCACCGGGUUCCGAUGAGGAGACCGACGAGUCGGGCGACGAGAUUGACGAGUCGAUGUUGACCAACACGGAAAUCGAGUUCUUGGAGGCACAGUUGGACAAGAUGAAGACGAAGGUGGAGAAGAUGGCGCUUGAGCUUGAGUUGAAGAAGAAGGAGUUGUACGAGCGCAUCUUGAAGCAGAAGUUGGCUAAGCGCAAAAACAAGAAGAAGAAGAAGAAGAGAAGUUCGUCCGUAACCGACCGCGAUAUGACGUACGAGAUGAAGAAGGAGUUGAGCGACAAGAUGGGCGAGUUGUCCGAGAAGAAGUUGCAGUACGUGAUCCAGUUGAUUCGCGAGAGCAUUCCGGACUUGAACAAUAAUGGCCAGGAGGAGAUUGAGCUUGACAUGGACCAGCUCGAUAACGGCACGUUGUUAAAGAUGUACAACUAUGUGUUCAAGAAGAAGGUGGCUGCCAAUGGCAGACGCGGUUCCAUGAGCGGGGGGAAGAAAAAGAAGGUGUUGACCGAGGCGGAGAACUCGAAAAAGAUCGAGGACUUGCGUAAGACGUUGCAGCAGUUCGACAAGGUCGGCCAGGCUGCAGACUCGUCGUCGGAUGACGACAGCUCGGAUGAAAGUUCCGAGGAGGAGUAA